UGUGAUUAUACAGUAGAAAGAGAGAGACUACUACAAGUGAGGUAUAGGAGAUCAAAUGAAACCCGAUAGCUUUGUGGCCCAAUAACCGUUAUCAGUAAUCACAGUGGAGGAAUUUUGACGGCAGUAUAUUCCUGUCAGAUGAGUGCUCAGAAUCUGGUGGCAGCCGUUAGAUUGGAAGCCAUAAAUUCAGCCGGCGGUGCAACUCCUCCACCUAACCAUAACCCUUCACCAAUUUCGACAGCUAGGCCUCUGCUUUCAGUUUCAAAGCCAUCUUGGAUAGUCAGAACUGAGUCAAAUGUGCGGAGAGAACAAAGAAAGAAGCCAGAUCCACCUUGCGUAGUGUGUAGAGGGAGCGGCAGAGUUAGUUGCCAUAAUUGCCAUGGGAUAGGGAGGACAAAUUUCACACAUCUUACAAUACUUCCUAAAGGAGCAUGGCCAAAAUGGUGCAGGGACUGUGGUGGGAGUGGCCUUAGCUACUGCUCCCGUUGUCUUGGGACUGGGGAGUACAGGUAUAUUAUGGGAUUUCACUUCAUGGAAAUGAAAAGUGAUGAAUCCGAAGAUAUUACAAGACAUCAAGGUCAAAGAAAACCAAGAAGACGAAGUCCAGAAGAUUUACUUCAAAGAGAUGAACUAGAUUCAACUUUAAGUGAAAUUGAUGACCGUCUGCUUUGCAAUUUGAGUACAAAUAGUGAAGCGCUGCUGUUGUUCAAGUGUGGCUGCAGUUGCCGUUGAGAGGGAAAUGGUAGCUGUGGAUAUCCUUAAAGGUUUAGGAGAUAAUGUUAUACAUAUUGUCCUUUCAGGCUUUUUUGAAGAACUUUUUCUUUGUAGGUUUCCAUGUUAGUUUGGGGAUGGCUGCUGAGAACCAUACCUGAUCUUGUAAAUUAGUUUUUGGUGUCAAUGCUAAGAUAUCAUACUCCUUCA